AUGCGCUGCUCAGAUGUGCCUCCUGCCUCCGCUUUUCUUGUGGUCUGUCUCUUGACGGCUUUCAGCAACUUUGCUAAGACUUCUGCGGACUUCUCAGGUUACAUAUCACAAGUGUUAAAGAAUUACACUGACCAUGCCUGCGAUGGAGAAUACGUUUCCCUAAGAUGUCCUCACAGAACCACCAUCAGUAUCCAGUCUUCUUUUUAUGGGCGAUUUGUACCAAGUCAUCAGAUGUGUCCUUCUCGCUAUCCCCACUCCUAUGCAGCUUUGAUUAAAGAAGAUGUGGCCUGUUCAGUUGGCACUUCCCUUCAGAAGAUGCUGGAUGAGUGCCAGGACCGACGGAGCUGCCGGUUCCUCGUCAACAGCCGGCUCUUCGGCGCUGAUCCGUGCCCGGGGACGGGCAAAUACCUCAUCGUGUGGUACAAGUGCAGGCCAAAUGAGUACAAGAGUAAAGCAGCCUGUGAAGAUGACAAGCUGAGGCUCAGCUGUAAGAAGAGCAUGGUGAUAGCUAUUUACUCUGCUGUCUUUGGAAGGACACAAGGAGGCAGCCUGGAGUGUCCGUACCAAAGCCUAGGGAUGCCCAUGAUUG